AUGUCUUUUUAAGGAUUAUAAAAAGCCUUAUUUCUAAAUGGCUGGGAUAUGAUAUUUAAAACAUUAUUGUAUACAAGAAACAUUUUAACCAAAAAUUACAUAGAUAUUGUACAAAUUAUUAUCGCAAUCAUAAUACUUAUCCUUUAUUUUACCAUUUUCCUAAAUUUCUUUAAAGGUAAAUCAAAAUUAUCAAAGAAGAACAGCUACUAAAUGUUUGAAAUGCUGAGUUUUGGUAGAUAAUUUUUCUUUCUAUUAUUUUUAAUUUAUGUAUAGAGUUCCCAAAUACUUUAAUUAGGAUUACU